CGGAGCCCGCUCUAGCCGCGCCCCGUCGCUCUCCAUGGGGCGCUGGGAGGACUGCCGGGGCGGGCUUCUGCGCUCGCCGGCUGGUCCCUUCUCCUGGCGACCAUGGCGCCUCCGAAAGAAAAUGUCAGUUUGCUUUUUAAGUUGUACUGCCUCACGGUGAUGACCUUGGUGGCGGCAACAUACACAGUGGCUUUGCGGUACACAAGAACGACAGAAACAGUGUUGUACUUUUCAACGACAGCUGUGUGUAUAGCAGAAGUUAUCAAGCUAUUCCUAAGCCUUGGCAUUUUAGCAAAAGAGACUGGAAGUGCAGGAAGAUUGUUGACAUCACUGAAAGACAAUGUCUUAGGAAGCCCCAAAGAACUACUUAAACUAAGUGUCCCCUCUGUGGUGUAUGCCAUUCAGAACAACAUGGCCUUCCUGGCUCUUAGCAAUUUGGAUGCAGCCGUUUACCAGGUCACGUAUCAAUUGAAGAUCCCAUGCACAGCCUUAUGUACAGUCCUAAUGCUGAACCGUGCUCUCAGCAAACUGCAGUGGUUCUCGGUCUUCAUGCUCUGUGGCGGAGUCACACUCGUUCAGUGGAAGCCAGCUCAGGCUACAAAAGUUCAGAUGGAACAAAAUCCUCUGAUAGGCUUUGGUGCAAUUGCUGUUGCUGUUUUAUGUUCAGGAUUUGCAGGGGUGUAUUUUGAGAAGGUUCUCAAGAGUUCAGACACAUCUUUAUGGGUCAGGAACAUUCAGAUGUAUCUUUCUGGAAUUGUUGUGACCUUGGUUGGUGUCUACAUGUCUGACGGAGCUCAAGUAAUGGAGAAAGGAUUUUUCUAUGGCUAUACGCAUUAUGUCUGGUUUGUGAUAUUUCUUUCCAGUGUUGGAGGUCUUUACACAUCGGUGGUCGUUAAAUACACAGACAAUAUUAUGAAAGGCUUUUCUGCAGCAGCUGCCAUUGUCCUCUCUACCGUUGCGUCUGUUGUCCUCUUUGGUUUACAGAUAACGAUCACAUUCUCGCUUGGUGCUCUUCUCGUAUGUAUUUCAAUCUAUCUGUAUGGACUGCCUCGAGAAAACACGACAAAACUCCAGCCGGUAGAACCAAAAACGUCGAAAGCAAGUCUUAUUCAUGUUUAAUGUUCACAAUCAUGAAGAACAAAAAAAUAUUACAGAGCAAAGAAGACUUGACAGAAUGUCUUUCCGCAGUUUCCUUUUUAAAAAUAGCCUUACACUGUUUUUUGGCAAACUUUUCUGCUUGAACUAAAAGUGAAGUACUCGUCAGUGGAAUGAGGGCUUACACUGGAGGAUGGAUACUUCACUAUAUUGUGUAGCACUGUAACUGAUGUAAAGUUGUGUCUUACUUUUGUGUUGGACUAUGAAGAUUCUGCUCAUCAGAAAAUACAUAUAUGAAGGAAUGGAAUAUGCACCUAUAUAUCAAUAUAUAUUGUGUAUAUAAUAAAAGAGUGGGGCAUUACUGGAAUCUAUUUUGAUGUACCAGAGAAGAGCAAUGUCUACUCUUUGAUGAGAUUAAUUCCCUCUUUUAAUAUGUUGGUCAUACUUUUGUUGUGUAGAAUGCCCCACUCAUUUCCCUUUGCAUGCCCCUAUCUUUAAGAUGCAGCCAACAGCUGAACAGCUCUUAACAGUUGUUACACUAGUUGUUGCAUCUACAGUGACACAGCACUUGCAGAAGAAUGCCAAUAUUCGAUGUUUUUAUUGUAUCAGAAGCAAAUUGAGAAUAUACUGCAAGUACCUAUACUUUUUUUUUUCAUGUCAGGAGCAACUUGAGAAACUGCAAGUUGCUUCUGAUGUGAGAAAAUUGGCUGUCUGCAAGGACAUUGCCCAGGGGACACCCAGAUGUGUUACUAUCCUGUGGGAGGCUUCUCUCAUUUCCCUGCAUAGGAAGCUGAGACCGACAGACAGGAACUCACUCUGUCUCAAGGAUUCGAACCGCCGACCUUCAGGUCUUUGGGUCAGCAGUUCAGCUGGCACAAGGGUUUAAGCCAUUGCGCUAUCGUGGCUCCAUUUGAUGGUUAAAACGACCACAAUACCAGCUGGGACAGAUCUUAUGUCUUCAUGUGUUUGGUAGGGUGCAUCCUUUGACAAUAUCAAGAAGGAAAAAUGCUGCUUCUUCUUUUUAUACACCUUUCCCCCCUUGUAAUGAGGUUUUAUACCAUUUUUGUAUAUUAUUAAGACUGUUGUCACACUUAUCAGCCCUAAAAUACAUUUUUGUGCAAGUUAGGUAAUGCAAUGUGCCAUUCUGGAUUGUGCCUUUUACUUGAAUGAAACGUAACGGAGCCACUGUGGCCCUCGGGGGUUUUCUUUGGGCUGCAACCUCACAGGAUUCAUUAUGGAACAUACACGUCAAAAUACAUCUGGGAAGGCCAAAGUUGCCUACCUCCAAAAUAACCUUUUCUGGGAUGGGGAGCGGAAAGCAAGUACUGCAUAUUCUGCAUUACUUAUGUCAAAAGUGGGGAGUUGUGUGGCUCUCCUGAUGGUGUUGGACUGCAAACUCCCGGCUGCACCAGUCUGCAAAGCUAGGGAUGAGGAAUACUGGAAGUCGCAGUUCAGCAAUAUAUGCCGGGACAUAUGAUUACCAACAAUAGUAUUGUACAACUUGUGAAAUCAUAAGCUGGCAGCAAGUUUUGUUUAGGAGUUUGUGAAAGAUGUGAUUUUCCUCCCAUUAAAUAAUUGUACAUGUUUUUUUUUAAA